AUGCUGCACUCUUUUAACGAGGUUCCCGACGAAGCCGUCUACGGUGGAGGCGACGAAGCUCUCAGAGGCAGCGUGAAGAGCAUCAUCCAUCCAUGCAUCAAACGUGGAGCGCAGGCCUGUCUGUUACACGCGCAUCACCCUGACGCUUUCAAACCCUCGAUCACGGUCAUCUUGACCAAAGCCAACAAAGAAGACUACACAAGCCCCAAAGCCUACCGCCUGCUCUGCUGUCCGUCCCACUUGACACCUUCGACGCAGUUCGGUCUGCCCGGCAAGCCCACAACCAAGGCCCUGGAGCAUCUCGUCAAUUUGGUACAGCAGUGUUGGUCACCUACCGGCCGUGCCAAGUUGGAGGCCACAUUGAUGACGAUCAACAUUGCGGGUGCCGACCGCAAGACUGUCCUCAAACUUCCCGGAUACACCUCUGAAGAGUUCUGGGUUGAUGUUGGCAUUCCUCAGGGCAGUCCUUUGUCUCCCAUUCUCUUUCUCUCCUUUUCCAGCCCCAUUCUAGAGGCUCUUCAGGUCUCUUGUCCGUUCGCAAGUUUUGCGCUGGCCAUGUCUUACGUUGACGACACCAACAUUCUCGUCACGUCUCCUUCGGAAGCUCGAAACUGUCAAGCAUUGAAGUUCCUCUACGACAACUUGGUGCGCUGGGCAUCGCCCAACGGCAUCUUCUUCGGGCCUCACAAGACAUUCGUCAUGCAUUUCAGGAAACCCGGUAGUCAUGGGCCGCCAAGCACCGAGCUUCCCGAUAUUCCCGGCCUCUCCAAGAACUGUCUGCAGACAGAGCUUCUUUUGCUCGGGGUUGUUGUGGAUUCGAAACUCACAUGGGCAGCACACAUUGAACAAGUUAUUACCAAAGUCAGGAGGAGGAUGAUCCAUCUUCGCAGAAUAUCUGGAUCGACUUGGGGGCCAUCAUUGCACGAGAUGAAGAAGCUUUACGUCAGCUCGGUUCUUCCCAUCUUCUCAUACGCUUGCCCCGUUUGGUUCGUCGACGGUCGAGGCCAGAAGAUCCGAGGCCAGUUGGCAAAGACGUUGGUCCAAUCUCUCGACGCGGAACAGGCGCGGUUUCUGCGAUUCAUUGCAGGUGGAUUCGAGGCCUCUGCCUCGGAAGUUGUCCACAAGGAGCUGCACAUGAUUCAGCUUUCGGUCUAUCUUGAACAACUUGCUCUCAGGCACCGGAUCAACAACCUCUAUUCACCAGAGUAUCGGGACCUCGAGGCAAUGUGGGACAAUGUCUUUACAGACAUUGCAACGGAGCAGGAGUUGGGCGCUCAUCCCUACAAAGCCCUCUACGGCCAGGCGGAAUCCUUGUGGCUCGAGAUGCGCGAGAGGGUUCUGGAUAAGCAGCUUUGCCGAGCGAACUGGAACCCCGAGCAAGCCGUGCAGUCAGAAGCCGAGGGCUGGGCCGAUCCCAAGCGCCGCAAGGCCAUCAUCAAGGCCUACCUGAAGGACAUCUCUAUGGAGAGGAGCAGUCUAGCGUGGGAUCGAUACAGAAACGACCGAAGCGGCAAGGUCCGCAACAUCAACCGCAACACUCCGGCUCUCAAGGAAAACUGGGGCCCAGAGAGUCUCAAGUACUAUCAAGGGCUCACGCGUGCUCAGAGUAGCAUGUUGUUCCAAUGCCGCAGUGGGGUGAUAGGGUUGAACGGCUAUCUCUUUUCGCUUAAGGCGAACUUGGUUGAGACACACCGAUGUCGCUGUGGUCAUCCGAUGCAGACGGCCGAACAUCUCUUUGCCCAUUGCAAACAGCUCACCUUCGAACGCAGUCGCUUGCGUAAGCAUGUCGGCGUAAUCAACUUCGAUUUGCUGGUCACAACCGAGGCCAACGUAGCCACGGCGUGGGCGAUUCGCCAUUUCGACAUCGCUCAGUUCAGGUGGACGGGCAAACACAUGCCGCUUCCCUGCUGA